AUGUCAAUCGUAUCUUGUCCAGCAUCCAUAUCGUUAUCUAUGGCGAGUCUUGACGCCCCGCAAGAAACUCCAGGUAGCUUCGAGUUCACACCUACCAUGAUGUCAACCUCGACGUUCUCCUCAAGUCCUUCACCCUCCAUUAUCUACGGUCCAACGCAUCAUAGCUCAUUCGGUGCAGGAUUCGAUAUCGACAAAGAAGCUGUUGAAGCUAGAGAAUCUCAGUUGAUAACGGGUUACAACCGCAAGCGAUAUCCUAAUUCGAAUAGAGAUCUUGCUCUUACCUUGGGCUACAAAUUAUGUACCGGUCAGACCAAUACAGAUGAAAGUGGCGAUUCCGACAACCCAUUCAAGAUCAAGGUCGAACCUGUAAUGAAUAUCAAUUGGGAUCGAUCGAUUCGGGAUAUCCCAUUUGGCGAUCAGGGAAGAACACAAGGUCCCUGUAAAGUUCAAGAAGUACAGGAGUUGAUGGACGAAGAGGAAGUAUAUGAAUGUAAGGGAAAGGUCAUGAUGAGAAGAACCGAAAGGUCCAAAGGGAAGAAACGAAUUGAUACGAAAGUUGCUGAAUCAAAGAAUCUGGGUAAAGUCAACCGAAAAACACAUAAACAAACAAAUCGAAAAUCGAGAAAUGCAAGUUCCGAACCCAAAAACAAAAAGAAGGUUCGACUUGCCACUUACCCGGCCGAUUACCCUUUCCAUAUCCACCAGCUCCACAAUGGCAAAUAUGAUUCCCCCGAGCCGUUCUUCGAGCCAUCAUAUACCGACUGCCCCCCAAAGCCCGUAGAUAAACGAUCUUCAUCGAAAUCUUCGAGACUUUCUAGCGACUCAGAUCAAACUCUUGUGGAGAACGACAGUCGAACGAAAACCUUACAUGGUAUCGUACUCUACAAGAUUCAUAAUGUCAAUAUCCAGUUUGUACCUAACUACCAUUAUGCUCGGACCACUCUCAAAAAGGUGAUCCCGUUGUCGAGUUCAAGUUCAAGUAGUAAUUUGAUCACCAACCAGGAUCUAGAUAGAGAAUACCAGCAGCGAAAGGUCGAUAGGGCCAAAGCGAGAAGACAAGAAAGAGAGAAGAUCAGGGAAAACUUUGGUGACUUGGCUUUUGAUGCGAUGGAUAUGUAUGUGAAGAACUACGGUGAAGAAGUGGGUAUAGAGAGAUUUGCCAGGUGGUUACGUUUUGAGAAGGAGUUUUACGAGGUUGAGUAUACCCUUGAAAUGGCGAUUAAGGAAAGACGAAGAAGGUCGACUUGGUACCGAAGGAUGCUUUGGUAA